AAACCCAAGCAUUGUCAAAACCUGGGCGUCAACCCAGAUGAUUUGGAAGUGAUGGAGGCGGUGCAAGAAACUAAACAAGAGGUUUUAGAAAACAAAGAUGUUGUUGUACAGCAUGUCAACAUUGAAGGGAUGGGCAGAACUAAAGAGGAUUACUUGGGCUAUGAAAUCUCUGAUGUCUUCGCUGCCAGGAACCUGGUUGAAGUGAUGAGAAAAUCCCAUGAGGCCAGACAGAGGUUGCUCCGUCUAGGCAUAUUCAAAGAAGUGGAGGUAGUGAUUGAUGUUUCAGAAGGAGCAGAUGCUCUGCCAAAUGGACUUGAUGUUACGUUUGAGGUGACCGAGCUUAAACGACUUACAGGCAGUUAUAAUACCAUGGUUGGAAACAAUGAAGGCAGUAUGGUCUUGGGCAUUAAACUUCCGAACAUGUUUGGCCGAGGAGAGAAGCUCACCUUUCAGUUUUCUUAUGGAACUAAGGAGACGUCAUAUGGCCUUUCCUUCUUCAAACCACAGUCGGGAUAUUAUGAACGCAACUUCACUCUAAACCUGUACAAAGUCACUGGACAGUUCCCAUGGAGCUCUCUAAAAGAGACGGACAGGGGAAUGUAAUAUGUCUUGCAGUUCCCUCUGUGGAUGACGGAUCACACUCUGAAAUGGGAGGGCGUGUGGCGUGAGCUGGGAUGUCUGGCCCGCAGCGCCUCCUUUGCUGUGAGAGAGGAGAGCGGCCACACUCUUAAAUCCGCCCUUUCUCACACCAUGGUAAUAGACACCAGGAACUCUGCCAUCUUGCCCCGAAGAGGUGCCUUACUGCGGAUCAACCAGGAGCUGGCAGGAUACACCGGCGGAGACGCCAGCUUUCUCAAAGAGGACGUUGAGCUGCAGCUUAACAGACCAUUUAUCUGGGGAUCAGUGAGUAGUCUUGCUCAACUUUAAGGGAAGAUAUAACCUAUCCUCUUCUCACCCUACCCUACCUCCAUUGCUGACAGGUUCUACCUGGGCGGCCCAACCAGUGUGAGAGGUUUCAGCAUGUACAGUAUUGGCCCUCAGAGUGAAGGUGAUUAUCUGGGUGGGGAAGCGUAUUGGGCUGGUGGGCUUCAUCUCUACACACCCCUCCCCUUCCGCUCAAACAAGGGCGGCCUGGCUGACCUCUUCAGAACACACUUCUUCCUUAAUGCUGGAAACCUUUGCAAUCUCAACUACGGAGAGGGACCAUAUGCACAUCUGCAGAAGCUAGCAGAGUGUAUCCGCUGGUCUUACGGUGCAGGAAUAAUUCUACGACUGGGAAACAUUGCUAGGCUUGAACUCAAUUACUGCUUUCCAAUGGGUGUUCAAAGCGGAGACAGGAUAUGUGACGGUGUGCAGUUUGGAGCAGGCAUCCGUUUCCUGUGAUCUCCUAAACUGCCGUCCUACUGUUAAAGCAGGGAUUUGCGGGAUAGCGAUUUGGGGAUUUUGAACUGAGGGAUCCCUCCUGCAUGCAGAGGAUGCACUUUGUUUUUGUACCUGUAAGACAAAAAAUACGUGGUUUUCCUGCAUACCUCUCUCUCACUGUUUGAAUAAGAGUCCAGGAUUUAGUGAAUGGAAAAUGAAACCUUUUCCAGGUGCUAAAAUAAUUAGGCUAUUACAGUUGUUUCCAAUGAGGAGAGCUUUAGAGAAUAUUCAUGGUAAGGCUGUUAAACCAGAGAUUUAAUUUAAAUCCACACCACUCUUAAUAUAUGCUCUGUCUAUGUUUUAAGCAGUCCCUGCUACUCCAAUGAAACACUGAAUUAUAAGAAUGAAGAAUUGAUUAUUUAAUGAUGCAUUUAUCCUGUAGCCAUUUGACUUGAACAAAGCACAUUUUCUCCUUUUAAAUCUGAUUGUUUAAUGUUUCAGUCAGUUGUCUCCUCUAAUGCCAAACUAGAUAAACUAAUUGAUUCAACCUGACCUCACUGAAUGAGCAGUGAGUCGAGUUUCUUCCAGCCAUAAGUCCCCUUUGUGAGAUCCACCAGCAGUGCUUUAUUAUUAGGACAGUUUUUAUUAUUGUCUGAAUGUCUGACCUUUAAGGAUAUCUUUAUUGUGCACAAAAAAUAAACAUUUUGGUUCCCUGA